GCUGCCUCCACUCUUCAGACAAGCCUCAGGUAAUAGCCAAGACCACGUAACCAUGGCAAACUCUUUCACCCGUAUGAUGUCUGGCCGUAACACGGCUGUGAUUUUGGCCAGCGUGGGAGCCGGCACACUGACAACUGGUUACCUUCUCAGUGACAACAUUGCUGCUGCUGCUGCUGCAGAGAGGAGGAAGCUCUAUCCACCCAGCGCUGAUUUCCCUGACCUGAGGAAGCACAACAACUGCAUGGCAGCAGCCCUGACCCCAACCAUCUAUGGACACCUGAGGGACAAAACAACCUCCACCAACUGGACCGUGGACCAGUGUAUCCAGACCGGGGUGGACAACCCUGGACACCCCUUCAUCAAGACUGUGGGCAUGGUAGCUGGAGAUGAGGAGAGCUACGAGGUGUUUGCCGAGCUCUUUGAUCCAGUUAUCAAGGAUAGACACAAUGGCUACGACCCUCGCACAAUGAAGCACCCCACUGACCUGGAUGCUUCCAAGAUCACCUCUGGAAUGUUUGAUGAGCGCUACGUGCUGUCGUCUCGAGUCCGUACCGGUCGUUCCAUCCGUGGACUGAGUCUUCCCCCUGCAUGCUCGCGUUCUGAGCGCCGCGAGGUGGAGCGCGUGACUGUGACUGCUCUGUCUGGCCUGAAGGGAGACUUGGCUGGUCGCUACUACAGCCUGGGAGAGAUGUCUGACAGAGAACAGCAACAGCUUAUUGAUGAGCACCUCCUGUUUGAUAAACCUGUGUCACCUCUGCUCACGGCAGCUGGGAUGGCCAGAGAUUGGCCUGAUGCUCGUGGGAUCUGGCACAACAACGAGAAGAACUUCUUAAUCUGGAUCAAUGAGGAGGACCACACAAGGAUCAUCUCCAUGGAGAAAGGAGGAAACAUGAAGAAAGUGUUUGAAAGGUUCUGUAGAGGACUUAAACAGGUGGAGCACCUAAUUCAGGAGAGAGGCUGGGAGUUCAUGUGGAAUGAGCAUCUGGGCUAUGUCCUCACCUGUCCCUCUAACCUCGGCACUGGGCUCAGGGCUGGUGUGCAUAUCCGUCUGCCCAUCCUCAGCAGGGACCCUCGCUUCAAAAAGAUCCUGGAAAACCUGAGGCUACAGAAGAGAGGCACAGGAGGUGUCGACACGGCUUCUACUGGAGACACCGUCGACAUUUCUAACCUCGACCGUCUGGGCAAGUCCGAGGUCGAGCUCGUUCAAUUAGUCAUUGAUGGCAUAAACUACCUAAUUGACUGUGAGAAGAGGCUGGAGAGGGGUCAGGACAUCAGGAUCCCCACCCCCAUCGCUCAGUUCAGGAAGUGAACGUCACCUCUGCUGGGAAUCCUGGAAUAGAGCAGGCGCUCCAACCGCUGGUCGUUUAACUGUUGGUCUUACAAGAUAUUCGUUGCAUGUAUAGCACUGUGCUGACUGUACAUGAAUUUUAAACACA